AGGUAGACUUUCCUCAUAUAGCUUUGUGCUGAUGUGAAUCAUCAGUACAACCAAAGCUAUUUUCGGGAGAAACCUCGGUUUGUCUUCAUUACUUAAAAGCUUCCAGUUCCACAGCUCAUCCUGAACAGACUUGAAAUUAAGGAGUUAGAUCGAUUUGGUAGGUGACUGAUGGGAAGGGGAAAGAUUGUGAUAAGGAGGAUUGACAAUUCAACGAGCAGGCAGGUGACGUUUUCGAAGCGGAGGAAUGGAUUGUUGAAGAAGGCCAGAGAACUGGCUAUCCUGUGCGAUGCUGAGGUCGGAGUCAUGAUCUUCUCCAGCACCGGCAAGCUCUACGAUUUCGCAAGCACCAGCAUAAAGUCAGUGAUCGAAAGAUAUGGCAAAGCAAAAGAGGAGCAUCAUCAAUUUGGCAACCCGGCUUCUGAAGUUAAGUUAUGGCAAAGGGAAGCAGCAAUGUUAAGGCAACAACUUCAAAACUUGCAAGAGAGCCAUAGGCAAAUGAUGGGUGAAGAGCUUUCAGGCCUGAGUGUGAAAGACUUGCAGAAUCUGGAGAACCAAUUGGAAAUGAGUCUUAGGGGUGUCCGAAUGAAAAAGGAUCAACUUUUAAUGGAUGAAAUACAAGAGCUAAACAGAAAGGGAAACCUCAUUCACCAAGAAAAUAUCGAGCUGUAUAAGAAGGUAAACCUAAUUCGUGAAGAAAACAUGGAACUAUAUAAGAAGGUUUAUGGAACAAGGGAUGUAAAUGGAGCAAAUAGAAAUCCCUUUCUGACAAAUGGUCUAGACAUUGGAGAGGACACACAUGAACCAGUCAAUCUCCAGCUUAGUCAGCCACAGCAGCAAAACUAUGAAGAACCAGCAAGAGCUACAAAGCUAGGUUGUCAGUACUCAGGGUCAGAUUCCAGCACAGUUCUGUGCUAUGUUGAGCAGUACUUCAGCGAAAGCACAACACUACCUAACCAAUCUGCACAAUGGCAGCUACCAUUGCUGAUCAAAUGCGUCCACAAGCUAGCCGGUGGUUCUUUUCUCUUUUCUUACGAUCUGCUUCCUGGUCCUACACAUGGCAUCACCCAACCAAGGGUUCCCUAUUGCUGCAAGAAUUCAGAGCAGGUGGAUAAGGGAAAGUCUGUUGUCAUUGACACCACUCCUGCUAUGGCAGAUGAUGGUGAGGGUCCAUCUUUUGACCGAUAAUCUCCUCCUCCAAUUGAAAAGGCUACACUGAAUACCUCUAAAUCGAUACCAAAUGUUUGUAUUGAAAAAGCUGCAGUGAAUAACUCUUUUUUAAGUCGAUACCAAAUGUUGUUGUUGAGCAAGCCAUUGUUCCAAUAGUACAAGAGGUAGGACAGAAUAUCCCAAGCCCAGUUGCAAGUUUAGUUCCAACAAACUCUCCAGGUAAUGUUAAUGUCAAUAUUUCCCUUGGUAACAGUUUUGGGUUUCUUGUUCAAAUGCAGCAAGGCAUGAGCAUUGUUGCAGAUGAGCAACGGAUAGUUGGAGAGCGCAAUGACACUUUGGUCGGCACUGAUAAUAUGAAUUUUACUUUGGUAGAAUCUAAUGUUCAUCAAACCAAGUUAUGUUGGGGUGAUUUUGAAAAUGAAAAACCCCUUGGCCAUCACACUUAUGCUCAGGUUGAGAUAAGUCCUUUGAGUUCCUGGUUUGAUGAGGGUGAAACAACUCUGAAUUGUGAAGAUUCUCAAGUCUCCCCCAAAGUCUUAGAAUAAAAAAUUGAAGACAAAAGGAGCUUCACAAGAUCCUUACCCUAACAGCAAUCGGACACCCGUUGUCAGUCUUGAUCUUUGAUUCAAUCAGCACUACUUAAUCUUGUUUACGUUUUGCUUGCCUACUGGUUUUGUUGUUUCUUCUAAAGAGUCUUGGCU